UACAUCGUCGCCUCGACUGGCAGUCGCGCUCCUCUCUCGCUCGACUGGCCAAACGAUCUCGUCGCUCGAUUGACGGACGCCCUCGUCGCCUCGAUCGAUCGACAGAUGCGCUCGUCGCCAGAUCGACUGGCAGACGCGCACGUUGUCGCCUCGAUCGACAGGCAGUCGCGCUCACCGCUCGCUCGAUCGAUUGGCAGACGCGCUCGUCGCCUCGACCAGCGGACGCGCUCGUCGCUCGCCCGACAGACGGCCGCGCUGCAUCGCUCGGCGGACGCGCUAGUCGCCUCGAUCGACAGACAAGCUCGCUCGACUGGGCAGUCGCUCCUCGUCCGGAGGAUAGUCCCUAUCAAUAUCCGGAUACCGUACUAUGCCCACAGGGGGUCGUGUUUCGAUACGCCCCUGCCGCGCUGUCCCUGUCCGGCUGGACUUUAUCUCGUUACGCACCAACUCCGUUAUUCGCGGGUUUUCCCGCUGAUAAUUGGUUUCCUCGAUUCCCGCGCCCAUUUCCUCCGAUUAAUGGAUCGAUCAUGCGCCCGACAUUGACGCGUCCGCCAUUGAUGCGCCCGCCAUUGAUGCGCCCUCACGUG